UACAACAAGCAGAUCGAGCUGAGCCUCUAAACUCCUGCCAAUUAAGAGUAGGAGGCUGAGAGGCAUAGCAUCAUCUCCCAUGGCCACCAUAACGGCUAGUGCCAGUCCAGCCAUGCAAGAAACCGGCAGCAACAAGGCGUCGAGCUCGACGUCGCCGGAUUGCACUACCACCGCCGCCCCGGCGCCGGCGCCGGUGCGCUACAGGCCGUCGCUGCUGGUUAUAUUCAGCGCGUGCCUCGUCCUCCUGGGCGCCGGCGGCCCGCUCCUCCUCCGCGUCUACUUCGUCCACGGGGGGAAGCGCCUGUUCCUGUCCGCCAUGCUGCAGAUCUCCGGCUGGCCCCUCCUCCUCCCGCCCAUCUGCGUCUCCCUCUUCCGCAGCCGCAGCAAGGGCGUGGCCAACCUUAUCCUCCCGCCGCGCCUCGCCGGCGCGGCGGCGGUCCUCGGGGCGUUCUACGCCGUCUCCUGCUACGUCUACGGCCUGGGCUCGGAGGCUCUGCCGCUGUCGACGUCGUCGCUGCUCCUGGCGACGCAGCUCGCCUUCACCGCGGUCUUCGCCUUCAUCUUCGCCGGGCUCCGGUUCACGCCCUUCUCGGCCAACGCCGUCGUGCUGCUCACCAUCGGCCCGGCUGUGCUCGGCGUCGGCCCCGGCGCAGGGAAGGUUGCCGGCGAGUCCUCGAGGGCGUACUGGACAGGGUUCUGCGAGGCCAUCGCCGCGGCCGCGCUCGCCGGCCUCGUCCUGCCCCUAGUCGAGGUCGCCAUGGCGCGCUACGGCCGGCGCACCGGGCCCGCCGCGAGAGUGCCACCCCCCUACGUGACGGUGAUGCAGAUGCAGGCCGUGAUGGGCGCCGCCGGCACGGUGGUGUGCCUGCUGGGCAUGGCCAUCAAGAGCGACUUCCAGGCGUUGCCGAGGGAGGCCGCCACGUUCGGGCUCGGCAGGACCAACUACUACCUGGUGCUCAUCUGGGACGCCGUGUCAUGGCAGCUGCUCAACCUGGGGAUCAUGGGGCUCAUCACCUGCGCCUCGUCGCUCCUCGCCGGCAUCAUGAUCGCCGUCCUCCUACCGCUGUCGCAGGUCCUCUCCGUCAUCUUCCUCCACGAGAAGUUCGACGGGCCCAAGGGCAUUGCGCUCGUGCUCUCGCUUUGGGGUUUCGCCUCCUACCUCUACGGCGAGAAGGUGCAGAAGAAACGCGAGGCUCAAAAGAUGAUGGAGCAGCAGAUGGCUUCGGCUAAGAAGACUGGAGACCUGGAGUCCGCUGCCCUUUGAGAAUCAGAUUUCUCAUUUCUGAUCUGUUUACUGUUUGGCAGUUUGGGUCGUGCAAGCAUAUAUAGGGCCAUACAGAUACAUACAGGUAUAGUAAAAACAAAAGGGAGUUUUUCAGCUACGAAGUUAUUGUACUUGUACGACAUUGUUUCAUUUGUAAGGAAGAGAACACAGAAAUUAAUUAAUCAAGUGCUAUAUAUA